AUGUUUUAUGGAUUCCUUCUUCUGUAUCCCCUACUUUCCCUAUGCCUUGAGCACGUCAUUUCGCUGAGCAAAAAAGGGAAACCCACACUGGGCUUUGUAAUCAUGCGGAACGCUGUUGAUAUAAAAACUCUAUCUGACGUGAAGGAUAGGGUGAAGAAUGAGAAGAGGACGCAUUGUUUGGUGGUCAACAAAUAUAAGGUAAAUGAUGUAUUGAAAAAUAAGGAAGCGAAAUUUUAUUUCCUAAACGUCUUUCGGUUCCCUUCUGUUUUGAAGCUUAGGGAGUACGAAGGGAACCUCAUGGAGACGGGGCAAUAUAAUGGGGAAGUGCUGCGCUUUAUCCAUUCAUACGUGGAGAGGUUGGGCGGGGGAGGCACCCAUGUCGGCGGCAAGGCGGACAGUAAAGCGGAUGGAAAAGUGAACCACGAUGUGAGUGAUCAAGUGGUCGCCCAGCAGACGGACCAGCAGAUGGACCAGCAGAUGGACCAGCAGACGGACCAGCAGAUGGACCAGCAGAUGGACCAGAAGAGGGACGCAGCGCUGGAGGACUGCAGGCUAAUCCCGCUGAACGCACGGUUCAACAAAGCCCUGCAGGAGUUGAUGCAACGGGAAGGGAAGGAAAUCAUGGAGGGGCUCGACAUGCACUUGGAGGAAGGGGAUGCAGGGAACGUUACUGUGGAGGGCGUUGCUAUGGAAGACGAUUCCACUGCACACGAUUCUGUGCAGCGCAACGAGGGAAAAACCCCCAAAGGCCCUUUGGAUGGACAGUGGCCCCCCCUGGAAGAACUCUUUCGAAUUAUAAAAAAGGAAGGCAUCCAAAUAAGUAUCAUUCAGUUGCAGUUUGGUUACGACAAUAUGAAUACCUCGGAAAUACUGAGGAAGAUAUUCCCCACAGAAAGUGAAGUCAUCCACAAAUACGAAAUGAUCGGUCAUAUAGCUCAUCUAAAUUUCUGCGAACGUUUUGAAAAUUACAAAAAAGUAAUUGCUGAAAUUAUCCUUGAUAAAAAUAAAAGCAUAAAAACAGUUAUCAAUAAAAUGGAUACUUUAAAAAAUCUCCACAGAACUUUCAACAUAGAAUUACUCGCAGGAGAAAAAAACUAUCUGACAACCUUGAAGGAAAAUGAUAUUAAAGUAAAAUUAAAUUAUGAAUUAAUUUAUUGGAAUUCAAAAUUAAAAAAAGAAAGAGAUCGAAUAUAUGAUCUUGUGGAGAACAACUCCAUAAUUGUGGAUCUCUUUGCUGGCGUUGGUAUAUUCAGUCUACACCUGAGUAAAAAAAAAUGCCUUUGUUUUUCCAACGAUAUUAAUUCGCAUGCUUAUAAUUUUAUGAACGUUAAUAUUAAAUUGAAUAAAAGGAAAAGUAUCCUAACGUAUAAUUUAGACGCCAGGGCUUUUGUCCAAAUGCUCCUUGGCCUGGAUAUCUUCUCAAGUGACAAAACUACUUUAUCCAUGCAGUUGAGUGAGCAGAAUUGGAAAAACAUUUCCCUCGAUUUUAUCAACUCUCCGGAUCAAAAUAACGUUGAUACGGGAAAAAGGAAGAAACGGGAAAGUGAUCGAGUUGGUCAUGUGGAUGAUGAUAUCACUGCGAACGCCACCAUUGACAAGAAAAAGAAACUUAGGCAUGCGGAUACAAAUGACCCAUUAGAGGAACGCCCCCUGGGGUUAGCAGCCACCCAUCACGGGGAGGAGAAUAUUCAAUCAGUUGAGAGAACCAACAAUGAUUCGGAGAAGACGAAAGAAGAUGCACCCAGAGAUGUAACGCAUCAAGUAGACAUAAAUCUGGGCAUCUACGGAGAUAUUCAUGUGCUCAUGAAUUUGCCACAAACGGCCUUCGAAUUUUUGGAUAUCUUUCGGGAACUCCUAGAUACGUACAGUACCGAUCAGAAGGAUUUCCAGGGAAAAUGCCGGAGAGACCAAAUGAGGAACGUUUUUAUUCACUGCUACUUCUUCUCCAAACCUGAGCUCUUUUACGAGGACGCCGAGAGAAAUAUACGGAUGCAGUUGGGGGGUUUGCCCCGGGAGAUGAAGAUUACCGAGAUUAGGAAGGUUUCCCCCAGCAAGCUUAUGUACGUAGCGGAGUUCAACCUGAAGGACGUUUUUUAG